GUCCACGUUGCCUGAGUGGAGAGGGGCAACGCUCAAGCGCGCCGUACGUUCAAGCGAGACAGACAGCUGGGUAGCUGCAGUACACACAGAGUCGGUGUAUCUCGCUCUCAACACACAGGCGCACGUCGUGUGCGUGACGGUACCAGAGAGAGAACCGGUACACUGUGUACACGACAUUCGCGUGCGACGCGCGGGGAGAGAAACGUGCUCUAUGAUCAGUGACAGACAAGAUGGCGGAGUGUCUGGUGCAGUGAUAGUAGUAGAGCAGUGCGUAUCGCAUGGGCUGCGUUGACGUGCGUCGGAGGUUAGGUUCACGACGACUGAGCGAGAGAAAGAGAGAGAGAUAGAAAGAAAGCGAGAGAGAGAGAUAGUGACAACAGCUGGACACGAUAUGGAACGGUCGUUCACGGUCACCACAAAACGUCGCGGGCACCAGCAUCACCCGCGGCACACGACGCGUCGACGUCUCGACGUCUCCAGCAGAGGACCCGCGCAGUGUGGCCCUGCUGAUUACACCAACAAGAACAACGUCGUCAGCGCCGACGACGAGAAGACGUCUUCCCUCGCCAGGGUGACCGUGGCCGCAGCCGCCACCGACAACUGUCUCACGGCGAUCACUCGCACACCCUUACCACGGCCCGUCCUCGGCGCGGUCCGAGGUAUCGUGAGGCCGCAUGCUGAAGCAACGAGGAUCGCCGACGACACCGUGGAGAUCGAAAGCUCGAGAAGCCACGUCGUCGGCCAGGACGACGGCAAUGAGGAGAACGAGAAGAACGUCCAACAGAGGCUCGCGCAGUGUAGCCCGGACGUUCCUGUCGCCGGCGAGAGCGAGAGCGCCGAGCGAACGACGAGGAGUCCGAGUGAGAGGAGUCCUCGCAACAGUCCUCACCGGAGAAACGCUCCUUCCGACAGCCCGUCGAGGAAGGACACCUCGCCCGAGCCUGAGCACGCGGUCGCGAGGGCUCGCGGCGAUGGCAACUCCGACGACGAGUCCGCCAGCAUCGAGGAGGACCCCGAACUCGAGGAAUUGGCCAAGUUACGUUGCCCCAGCGAACGCACUGAGAUUCAGGCGGAGCGGGAGGCCCGCCGACGGAAGAGAUGCGCCGAUUAUCCGGGGCUCGCCUUCGGCUGCUCCAUCUUCUCCAGCGACACGAUGAUGAAGUUCAGUCUGAUCAAGAACGAACUGCAGAAUAUCACGAGCAAUCAGCUCAAGCGGGCCGAGUCCGAGGUCGCCGCCUUGAAUCGCCGUAUCCAAUUGUUGGAGGAGGACCUCGAGAGAUCGGAGGAGCGUCUCGCCACUGCCACUGCCAAAUUGGCGGAGGCCUCCCAGGCUGCCGAUGAGAGCGAACGCGCCCGCAAGAUUCUCGAGAAUCGCAGCUUGGCGGACGAAGAGCGCAUGGACGCCCUCGAGAACCAGCUGAAGGAAGCCAGGUUCCUCGCCGAAGAAGCCGACAAGAAAUACGAUGAGGUCGCCCGUAAAUUGGCCAUGGUUGAGGCCGAUCUCGAACGCGCCGAGGAGCGUGCGGAGGCCGGAGAGUCCAAGAUCGUCGAGCUUGAGGAGGAGCUGCGUGUCGUCGGCAACAACUUGAAGUCCCUCGAGGUCUCCGAGGAGAAGGCCAACCAACGCGAGGAGGAAUACAAGAACCAAAUUAAGACUCUCACUACCCGUCUAAAGGAGGCUGAGGCGCGUGCUGAGUUCGCGGAGAGAUCCGUGCAGAAGCUCCAGAAGGAGGUUGACAGGCUCGAAGACGACCUCGCGGCCGAGAGAGAGAAAAACAAAUUGCUGCAGGAGGAGAUGGAGGCCACCUUGCAUGACAUCCAGAACAUGUAGAUCGCGUUUUUCGCGGUGGACAAAAAUGCGUGUUACACGCGACACAGAGAGAACGUAUUUUAGAGCGAACAUCCGGCAAAGUACAGAUAGAUAGACAGAUAAAUAGAUAGAUAGGUGGACUGUGAGAGUCGAGAGAGAACGAAAGAGAAACGGACGCGAGCGAACUGGAGAAAGAGAGACGGACACAGAACGGACGGCAACGAGGAACGAAUGAAAGAUAUAAACAUGCUGCACACAGCGGCGGCACGAGCACUUUGUGCGUUGAUGCACACCUUAACAUUACGGAGAAAAAUGUAGUCUUUAGGCUAGCCUUAUACCCUCCAUUACGUCCAUCCGCGGUGCGUGUGCGAAUGCGUGUAUGCGUGUGAGCUUGUGUGCAUCGCGUACUUAUUUGUAUGUACGCGAUGCGGGAUAGAGACUGAUAUAGGACGCGAGAGAAAGAUGGAGAAAAUGAACGAGUACAUGUGUGUGUACGUGAAUAUGCGCACGCUGUUGCGUACGUGUGCGUGUGUGUAUGCGUGAGAGAGAGAGAAAGAGCGAGAUAGAUGCAGAACGAGAGGAUGGUAGUGUGACAGAAAGAGAGAGAAUACAAAACUAGAGGGAGAGAAUGAGGAAGAGUAAAUCAUACGCGAGACAAGGACAGACGGCAGGAUGGCCCCGUAUAAAGUAAUACGAAGUUACUUGUAAUCUAAAAAUUUGACUUUAGCUUUAGACUUUAGCUUAGCCCGCCUUUAAAUUUUAAUUCGAGGAGAAAACAGAAACGAAGAAAGAAAAAUCGAGGCACGCGAGGCGGUCGCGGUUUCUCGAGCGCUCGCCGUGAUUUAGAUAUUAUUCGUUUACGGAAAAUACUACUUGGCCGUGGGAGGAUUACGCGAGUAGAGGAGUACACUUUAGUGAUAGAGAAAAGGAGACAGCGGACAACCGGGACAUAAUAACCGCCCUGCGCCCAGGGAGAGGGAAAGCUCGACGAAGGGAGGCGGCGGGAUGGGUCGGAACGAAUUUUCUCGAGCGCGUCGCGGACAGAUGUUUGAGGGAAGCAAGAACAAUCAACAGAUGCGACCCCGCCAUGCGACUGUACAGCAGGCUGCUGCCACGACGUACAAUUGCACGGUGAAAAUGUGCUCUCAAGCGGCGUCGUCCAGUGCGCGAAAUCCGUGUCCGCCGUUUCGGAGAAGAGAGAGUACGACUGUUGAACAACAGACGAACUUUUAGAUGUGACUUUUACGCGCGAAACACGCGAGCUUCGAGCUUUUUUUUAUCCUUCAACUGAUUCCUCUUGAUCGAGCAGCGCUUUCUCGUCGAGCUUUCGUCUUUCUCCGUCUCUCUCGGCGCAGAAGUACGACAAUGUGGAGCGCGUUGUCGCGCGUUGCCGCUCCGAUCCGCGACUCUCGAAGGUGGGUGACAGAGUGCUCAUUACUUUUCGUCGCUUUACAUUCCGCAUUCCACACAGCUCAGCUCGCGCGAGAAGAAGAGAUCUCAUCGCCGUUGUCGACGGGGGCAAAGACGCCGACGACGACGUCGGGUGUAAUAACUGCAUUUAAGACUAAUCCCACUGCCAGCGAUCCAGCAACUCUUUUUUAAAAGUGUAUUCUUCCGUAGUCGCGUCUUUGCCUUCGUGGUGUGGUGUGCGCGCGCUAUUCGAUCGAAAUCGAUUGCUCACAUGCACACAACAUCAACGUUGAUAAUCGCCAUAAUAACUCUUUCUCGUAGAAUCGACAGAGAGAAAAGAAAGUCACCAAUGGCCUAAGUAUACGGAGUGACUUAUACACGCAGACGCAUUUAUAUAACAGAUAUAUAACAUGUAUGAGACACGCGAGCCUGUGAAAAAGGUCGAUCGGAAAGCGCGGCCGAGUUAUCUCGCGAGACACGAGCGGAGAAGAGCGAGCUUCUCCCCUCACACACACAUACACACGUCAAGCUGCAGCGCAGCUUCCCGUGCCAGCUGAGCCGUUCGAUAUUAUAAUUACCGAUCGUGCCUGUAUAUAUUUACUAUAAAACAACUAACCACGGCCAAAACACUAUUAUACGAACACCUCGAUGCAGGGAACGUGCUUCUCGUUUUCAAACGUGCGCGCGACGAUAAUGAGAAAAAAAGGAACGUAAAAACGAGAUCGGAAACAGACAGACAGACAAACAGAGAGAGAGAGAGAGAGAGAGAGAGGAAUCGAAAUUUCGAAACGAAAACGGAAUUACACGUCCGAUCUCUUCGCGGCGCAUAUAGUACGCCUCUAAUCACUAUUAUUAUCAAUUAACAGUUAUUGUUAAUAAUAUUACCGCUACACUCCACACGCUCGCCAACGAACAUUCCGUCACGAUUCCGCGCGAAGGAAUUCUCUCUCUUCCGGGUAUUUAAUUUUUUUUUUUUUCCUUUUAUUUCUUUUUUCUUCCUCUCCCCUUUUUUCUUCAUUCCUCUCCGAUGCAGCGCGCGCGCGCGUAUACUGCCUCCCCCCUGGACUCUUCGAUGUCAUGACCCUCCGCGACUAUUCUCGCAUAGUACUUUCGUAUUUCUUGGAUGGCCUUUCGACGUAGCGGCAAUAGUAGUGGUGGUGGUAACAGCCAGCAGUUAGUAGUAGUGCGCAUCGUGUCCUCUUCCUGUUUCGACACUACUCGAACGCGCGUGCACGAUCGGUGUCGCGUGUGAUAAUCGAGCGAUCACAAAGAUACGAGAUCCUAGAUCGAGUAUGGUCGGUCAAUCUAGACUUUUGAAUUCACGGAGAUGGGAAUGUCCAGUCUUUCCGCGAUUUUAACGAUUGGCCUUUCGCAGAAAUAUUUCGGCAUUUAUAUUGUAAAACGAGUCGACAUAUUUCGUCGAUGCAAUCGUGUAAUAGUAACGAUUAACGUGGCAAUUGUGCAAUUGUUCUGAUUUUUCUCUUUUGUUUCUUCAACGCGAUUGUAUAUAUGACUUCAACGUGUCGAUUGUCGAGUCAGUCAGUCAGUCAGUCAACGCGGACAGGACGCUGUUUCGAGCUGUUUCUUCAUGAGAUUGAUGAUCGUAGCUGCGCUUGUACACAAUCUCAUUCAAGAAGAAGAAGACUACGAUGAGCAGUGUAACGUAUGCGCGCGAUCGUCGAAAAGCCACUCGAAGAGACAGAACGCGACCGUUAAAAACUCCGACCGUUAAAAACUCUCCGUCGCGAGAGUGAGCAUUAUUGUUGAGAAACACAAGUACCGAGAGAUAGAGAAAGAAAAAGAAUGUGAUCCACGUAAAAGCACAACUACGAGACUACACACGUCCCCCAUAACGUUGAUUUUUGUUAAGCCCCGUUUUUCCUUUUCUUCCUUUUUUUGCGAAUGAUACUAAGAAAAAAAAGGCAAUUACACGCAGAUACUUGAGUUUACGAGUUUUAGUUUAUUAAUUCACAUAAUAUUAAUGAAAUGAAAAUGGAAUGAUAAUAACACUAAUAUCAUUGUAAUAAUAUUAUUAUUAUAUAUUACUAUUAUUAUAUAAAACUGUUUAUAAUAUAUAUUUUAAUUUUGAAAAAGAGA